CUGGACAAAAAAAAGUCAGAACACCACCAGUCGCGUUUUGAUGAGCGGCUAAGUGACGUCACGAAUUUGGUCAGCGCGGCAAGUCAGGCAUCAACUGUUAGUACUCUAAAAAAAGCUAGUAAGCCGAACUCAAUAAAGGUGCCGACAUGGCCAGGAUUGAGAAGAUGAGCAUCCUCGGAGUGAGGAGCUUUGGCGUGGAAGACAAAGACAAACAGAUCAUUUCAUUCUUUAAUCCCUUGACGGUGUUAGUGGGACCCAACGGUGCAGGUAAAACGACUAUCAUUGAGUGUCUGAAGUACGUAACGGCUGGAGAAUUUCCACCAGGGAGCAAAGGAAAUACAUUUGUUCAUGAUCCAAAGGAUGCUCAUGAGACGGAGGUGCGCGCUCAAAUCCGACUGCAGUUCACUGACCUCAACGGGGAGAAGGUUGCAGUUCAAAGGUCAAUGCAGUCCACACAGAAGGGCAAGAAGACACCGGAGUUCAAAACUUUGGAGGGGGUCAUCACCAGGAUCAAAUAUGGAGAGAAGGUCAGUCUGAGUUCCAAGUGUGCAGAGCUGGACAGAGAGAUGAUCUCAGCAUUGGGUGUGUCCAAAGCUGUCCUUGACCACGUCAUCUUCUGUCACCAAGAGGAGUCCAACUGGCCCCUGGGGGAAGGGAAGGCCCUCAAGACAAAAUUUGAUGCCAUCUUCUCCGCUACAAGAUACAUCAAGGUGCUGGAGACCCUGAGGCAGCUCAGGCUGAAACAGUCCAACCAGGUAAGGGAGUGCCAGGUGGAGCUGAAGUUCCUGAAGCUGAACAAGGAGAAGGCCAAGGAGAUCAGGGAUCUGCUCUCCACCAAGGAGACCCAGCUGGCCUCCUCCAAGGAGACCGUUCAGAAGAUAGACGGCCAGAUUGAGCCCCUGGAGAACCGACUGGCUGACAUUGACGAUAACCUGGGGAAAGUGAUGAAGCUCGACAAUGAAAUCAAAGCCUUAGACAGCAGGAAGAGGCAGAUGGAAGAAGACAACCAGGAACUGGAGGAGAAGAUGGAGCAGGUUUUCCAGGGCUCUGAUGAGCAACUGCAGGAGAUUUACCAGAACCACCAGAGGACAGUGAAGGAGAAGGAGAGGAAGCUCACAGACAGCCAAAGGGAUGUGGAGCGGGCCGCGAGAGAGUGCCAGAGACUGACCCGCCUCAAGUCGGACCUUCUAGUGGAACAAGGCCGCCUCCAGCUGGAGUCCGACCAACACACCCAGAACAUUAAGGCCCGCGACUCCCAAGUCAGAGCCCUGGCAGCCUAUCUGGAGAUGGAGGGCUACGACCGGACACCCUUCAAUGACCGGCAGCUCCAGAGCUUCCACCUCCAGGUCCAAGAAAGACUUGACCAGGAGACUGAGGCCGCCGAGCAAGUCAUGAGGGACAUGCAAGAGAAGGAGGCCUUGAAGCAGCGCAGCAUUGACGAGAUCCGAGACAAGAAGACCAGCCUGGAGAGUACCAUGGAGCUGAAGAAGGACCUGCAGAACAAGAAGCAGCAGGAGCUGAAAAACGUCAGGUCUGGCCUUCAGAGACUGGAGGGCUCCUCAACCCGGCUACAGGAGCUGGAGAUGGAGCUCACCAAUGCGGAGCGGGAGCUGGAAAGCGCUGUGGAAAGCUCCAAUGUGGACGGGCUGAAGGCGGAAGUGCUGGAGCUCCAGAAGAGCAAGGCAGAGCUGGAACGCAAACUGCGUCAGCUGGACCAGGAGAUGGAGACCCUGAACACACACACCUCCGUUCGCACACAGAUGGACAUGCUCAAAAAGGAUAAGACGGAUAAAGAAGAACAGGUGAGGAAGAUCAAGUCGAGGCACAACGAGGAUCUGGUGUCUCUGCUCGGUCACUUCCCGAACAAAAAGGAGCUAGAGGACUGGAUCCAUGCCAAGUCAAAAGAGAUCAAAUCCACCCGGGAGAAACUGGCCAAGAUCAAUAAAGAACUGGCAUCCGGGGAGCAAAAUAAGAGGCACUGCUCUGUAGAGAUCAGGAGGAAGGAGCAGCAGCUGGCCGGCUACGAGGAGAAGGUGUUCAACGUCUGUGGCAGUCAGGACUUCCAGCAGGACCUGGGCAAGCUGCAGGAGGACCUGGAGAAGACCUCCAAGCAAAGAGCCAUGUUGGCGGGCGCCACGGCAGUGUACACGCAGUUCAUUAGUCAGCUUACGGAUGAGGGCGAGCCCUGCUGCCCCGUCUGCCAGCGAGUGUUCCCCUCGGAGGCUGAGCUCCAGGAUGUCAUCAGCGACAUGCAGUCCAAGCUGCGCCUGGUCCCGGACAAGCUGAAGAACACCGAGCAGGACCUGAAGAAGAAGGAGAGGAGAAAGGAUGAGAUGAUGGCUCUCAAGCCGAUCAGGCAAUCUAUUGUGGAGCUGAAGGAGAAGGAGCUUCCUGAGCUGAGGAACCGGCUGCAGAAUGUCAACCGGGACAUUGAGAGGCUCAAAGGAGAUGUGGAGGAGCAGGAGACCCUGCUGUCCACUCAGAUGUCAGAGGAGGACACAGCCAAGGCCUGCCUGCAGGACAUCUCCCUCAUGGACAGAUACCAGAUGGACCUGAGGGAUGUGGAGAGGAAGAUUGCCCAGCAGGCUGCCAAACUCCAAGGUGUGGAUCUGAGCCGCACCAUCCAGCAGGUCAGCCAGGAGAAACAGGAGACCCAGCAUUGCCUGGACACAACAUCCAGCAAGAUGGAGAUGAAGCGUAAGAUGAUCCAGGACCAGCAGGAUCAGAUCCAGACCCUGAAGAGCAGCGUAAACGAGAUCCGGGGCGAGAAGCUGCAGAUCUCCAGCGACAUGCAGAAGCAGCAGCAACUGGAGCAGCAGUGUGUGGAGAUGACGGCAGAGAUCCAGACUCUGCACCGGGACCUCAGGGAAGCCAAGGAGCAGAUGGCCCCCCUGUCCGCCACCCUGGAGAAGCUGCAGCAGGAGAGGAAUGACCUGAUUUCGCGCAGGAAGCAGAAACAGCAGGAGGGCCAGGAGAAGAUAAAUGGCAUCAAAGACAAAAAGAAAAACAUGGACACCCUAGAAAGGGUGAUCACCAAAUACACAGGAGAGGGCAAGGAUGACUACAAGGAGCAAAAAGAGGCAGAGCUCCAAGAGCUCAAUACUCAGCUCCAUGAGGCCGAGAAGAACAAGGAGAAGAUUAACAAAGACAUCGGAAACAUUCGGCAGGACAUAGAUACUCAGAAGGUCCAAGAACGUUGGCUGCAGGACAAUCUGACGUUGAGGAAGCGCAUCGAGGAGCUGAAGGAAGUGAUCAGGAAACAUGAGUCUCUGAUGAAGGAAAUGGGGAACAUGCAGGUCCUGCAGCUACGCAAUGAGCGCCGGGAGUCUGAGCGCCGCAUGGAGGACCUGAAGAAGAACCGCAGCGUGGCCCUGGGCCGACAGAAGGGCUUCGAGGAGGAGAUCAUCCGCUUCCGGAAGGAGCUCCGAGAGGACCAGUACGGCAAGGCGGACGAGCGCUUCCGGGACAAGAUGAUUGUAAUGAGGACCACCGAGCUGGCAAACAAGGACUUGGACAUCUACUACAAGGCCCUGGAUCAAACCAUAAUGAAGUUUCACAGCAUGAAGAUGGAGGAGAUCAACAAAAUAAUUCGAGACCUGUGGCGCAGCACGUACAGAGGACAAGACAUUGAGUAUGUGGAGAUCCGUUCUGACGUGGACGAGAGUGCCUCGGGGGCCGGGGUGAAGCGGAGGAACUACAACUACCGUGUGGUCAUGGUGAAGGGGGACACCGCGCUGGACAUGAGGGGGCGCUGCAGUGCCGGCCAGAAGGUCCUGGCGUCACUCAUCAUCCGUUUGGCUCUGGCUGAGACCUUCUGCCUUAACUGUGGCAUCCUGGCCCUGGAUGAGCCCACCACCAAUCUGGACCGAGAGAACAUUGAGUCCCUCGCCUAUGCCCUUGUGGAAAUCAUCAAGAGCCGCUCACGCCAGCGCAACUUCCAGCUGCUCAUCAUCACCCAUGACGAGGACUUUGUGGAGCUCCUGGGACGCUCCAGCUACGUGGAACACUUCUACCGUAUCAGGAAGAACGUGGAUCAGUGCUCGGAGAUCACCAAGUGCAGCAUAUCUUCCCUCAGCACCUACCUGCACUGAGUUACAGACACCUUCCAAAGACUUGAUUCAUACAGACAGACAAGUAGUCAAUUUUAGACAUGAUCCUCAUCAGUCUAAUUUCAAUUUAGAAAUUUCUUUGGAUGUACAUUUUCAUUUUAUGCUGUAUGGUUAAAGGUGACUGCCCCCCCGCCCCAUUUAUGGAUGUCCUGUGCUUAUAAUUCCAGUUGGUGUUGAGACUUGUGCCACGUAGUUUGUCUGUUCCUUCAUUAAUCAAUGGAAGUCAUUGAUGAAGGAUAUUGGUUCUUAGACAAGAUGCAAUCAAUGCAGGAAGGGACCCAGUUGAGUCUCUGGGGCCUGGUUGUUGGUUACCGCUAGUAUCCGGUGUUCAGAGAAAAGCCUCUUGUAUUGGCGACGCUGCUAAUCAACCACAUCUCAAUCAAGAUAUUGUGUUCAUUCUAGGUAUACUUGAUAAUC